AUGAAGAAAAGCAAAGGCCCAACAGCCGACGAGAAGCAGCGAGUGCUUGACGCACACCUCCGGGGCGAUGACUGGAGCCUUAUCGCACAGCACAAUGGCAUGUCCUAUGCCACGGCAUGGAGGGUCGUCAACUCUGGUCGAACGAUGCUGCUGCCACGAGGGGGCGUUCGCACGGGGCAGAAGAAGGUCACCGCGGAGAUCCGCGAUGCGCUCGAAAAUAAACAAGUGCGCAUUGAGACCGCGACAUGCAACAACGACGUCAACAAGCAAAAGCGGCGUGAAUUUGCUCUGAAGCUUAAGCAGCACCAAAUCAAUGGAGACUUUAUUGUCUAUUACGACGAAACCAACUUCAAUCUCUACUGCAAGCGGAGCUUCAGGCGUGCCAAAAAGGGAAAGCGGGCAACGGUUGUUCUGCCACCAUCCAAGGGGCCGAACUUGCAAGUUCAAUGUGCCGUGUCCGCGGAGCAGGGCCUUUCGGUCAAGAGGUCGGACGCGUGGCGGGAUCACUUUGCUGGCAAGCGCAUGGUCAUUGUGUUGGACAACGCGCCAGCCCAUUCGCAAACGGAAAGUCGUGUUGUCCAACACUAUGACAUAAGCUUGCUGCGCCUUGGACCAUACUCGCCCAUGCUGAAUCCGAUCGAGAGCUGCUUCAGCGUGUUCAAGGCCCGCGUGAAGAGCUACCUUGUUCUUCACACAGACGCUAUGCUUGAACGUGGUGAGUACGGGACAUUCCUCGAGAGACGCAUGAUCUUACUUGAGGACGCAGCCCAGGAGUCGAUUUCGUGCAUCACUAACCUUUGGUGA